AUGGAGAGCCAGCGCUGCUUCGCCAACCGCUUCGAUGACUACCCGGGCAGCCCCGCGGCGGCGCCGGACAGAGAGGCGGCGGUGCCGCUGGUGACGGCCACCAUCGAGCGCAUCCUGCGGGAGCUGCCGCCCCUGGGCGGCCCCCGCGGCUGCCCGGGCGGGCUGUACGGCGGCGUGGCCGGCGUGGCCUACAUGCUGUACCACGUCGCGCAGUGCCCGCUGUUCGCGCCGUCGCGGGACUCGUACCUGCGGGCCGCCCGCCGCGUCGUGGACGCCUGCCUGCGCUACCAGGAGGGCUGCGGCGAGGCCGACGCCGACACCCGAGCCGCUUUCCUGCUGGGCGGCGCCGGGGUGUACGCGGUGGCCGCGCUGGUCUAUCGCGCCCUGGGGCUGCCCGAGUACGCGCGGCCGCUGGGCAAGUUCCGGGAGCUGAGCGAGGUGUGCGCCCCGCUCUCCUUCCUCGAGUGCGGCUCGGACGAGCUGUUCGUGGGCCGCGCCGGGUACCUGUGCGCCGCGCUGGUGCUGAAGCAGCGCCUGGGCAUGGAGGUGCUGACUGCAGCACAAAUUAAAUCAAUUUGCCUGGCCAUACUAGAAUCAGGAAAACAGUAUGCAGUGAAGAAGAGGAAACCAGUCCCACUGAUGUAUUCCUACUAUGGAACAGAGUAUCUUGGGGCAGCACAUGGGCUUUCCUCAAUCCUGCAGAUGUUGCUCUCCUAUUAUGAGUACCUGGAGCCAGCAGAUCAGGAGCUGGUGUGGCAGAGUGUGGAUUUCCUGAUGGACCAGGAGCAGAACAGCAACUGGCCCCCUGAGCUGGGGGAGACCAUCGAGAGGGAGAACGAGCUGGUGCACUGGUGCCAUGGAGCUCCAGGCAUUGCAUAUCUUUUUGCCAAAGCUUACCUGGUUUCCAAGAAGCCUCAGUAUCUGGACACUUGUAUCCGCUGUGGAGAGCUCACCUGGCAGAAAGGCCUCCUGAAGAAGGGCCCUGGCAUUUGCCAUGGGGUGGCUGGUAGUGCUUAUGUGUUCCUGCUGCUCUACAGGCUCACUGGCAACUCCAAAUACAUAUACAGGGCACAGAGGUUUGCAGAGUUCUUAUUUACAGAAGAAUUUAAGUCUGGUUCCCGGGCACUAGAAAGUGUAUAUAGUCUGUAUGAAGGUUUUUCAGGAACUGUGUGUUUCCUGACUGACUUGCUGCAACCCAACCAAGCUGAGUUUCCUCUCUUCAGUGUCUUUGUCUAAAGACUGAUGUUCUCCAGGGCCAGUCCUGGAGGUAGUGGGAGAGGGCACCUGCAGUUCCACUUACUUUUCCAGGCAGGCUAUGUACAAAACGAGCUGGGGUACCACUAAUGUUAGCCUUAAUGUAGCUGGGAGUCAGAUCAAA